CUCCGCUCUCAUCUGACACACCUGUUCAUUUUACCUGUCACUUGGGUUACCCAUAAUGCUCUUGAUCCUGUUGGUUAAUUAUUACAGGCACUGGGCCUUCAGCGAGAGCUGCCCUCAGCUCAGCCCCCUCUACCUGAGCCUGCGUCAGAGUCCGAGCACCGACUUUCCCAUGGUGAAGGACCCUGGUGCUGCACGCAGGGCGCCACUUCCACAGAAGAGCGUGUGACAAGGGAGUAAACCCCUGGCAGGAGCAGAUCUGAAAGAAUGCCUAAGGGAGCGGAUGAGAGUGAGUUUCUAUCAGGGUCGGUCCUGCCGGCUGCAGGACGGAGCCCCUAUUAUCCUAUAGAGACAAGGUGGGGGAGGUAAUAUCUUCCAUUGGACCAGCUUCUGUUGGCGAGAGAGAAGCAUUUGAGCUUACAAUGUGCGUACCCAUGUGCAGACACCCUUGUGUACAGAGUCUGGUGUUCAGUUGGAUUCACUUGCCUGUCCUCCCCAGUCACGGCUCUGACGUGUACGUGCCAGGCACCAGUGGAAACAGAGAGUGCCCCCUGGCCAUCUUUCACACCCAUGCCGCACCUCUGAGGGGCAACGUUCUCCCAUGGGUACCUCACAACGGUGGGAGCCAGACUGCUAAUCUUGGUGCUGUCUCCGCCUUGCUGCAUGACCUUGAAUAUUCAACUUUGCCUGUAAAUCACCGAGGUGGCCUUAUUGAGGGACAGUCUAAUGAGAGAGAGUUGUUUCCUCAUACACAAGUUGCAAAGAGGAGAAGUCCUGCAGAUACCCGUGAGCGUAACCAUGGCCCAGGUGCAGUACGACUGUUCCAGGGGGAAUCAUCCGAACGUCUCCAAUUCAACAGCCUCCCCCGUGGGACAUGAGCAAAUUCAUCUCCUGUUGAACGUCUGCAAGGAAGCAAAGAAAUCUGCUUACUGUCCAUAUAGUCACUUCCCAGUGGGAGCGGCGCUACUGACUUGCGAUGGGAAGAUCUUCUCUGGCUGCAAUGUAGAAAACGCCUGCUACCCCUUGGGGAUAUGUGCUGAACGCACCGCCAUUCAGAAAGCCGUAUCAGAAGGGUACGUGAAUUUCAGAGCCAUGGCCAUUGCUAGCAACACUGAAGAUGACUUUAUUGUGCCCUGUGGGGCCUGCAGACAAGUAAUGAGAGAGUUCAGUAGAGACUGGGACAUUUACAUGACAAAGCCAGAUGGGACCUAUAUAGUCAAGACUCUUCAAGAGCUCCUGCCCCUGUCAUUUGGACCAGAAGAUCUGAAGAAGUUCUGAAGAAAUCUGCAAUGGCAGUAAAGAAUCUCUAGACAAUCAUAUGCUUUCUGUCUGCAGGACGAAGAUUUAUUUCAGUUACUUCCCAACUCUGCCUCUUAGGGAAUGUUAUUCAACUUCUUUAAUCCUCAGGGAACUCCAGUGCAAAUAAUUUCCAUUUGUACUAGGCCUGGGGAAGGGGUGGCAAGAACCAGAUCUGCCUCACUGUGAAUCGGCCAAUCCCAAACGUUCACAAGUUCGGUUUAGCAGACAUGGCAGUAUGAUGUCAUGGUUAGAGCAGGUUGGAAAUUUGUCAACAAAACAUUUUGCAUGGGAAAACACCCGUUGAUCGAAACCAUGUGAGCUAGUCACGUGACCACUCUGUGCCUCAGUUUCCUCACCUGGAUAAUGAUGCAUUAACCUUUUUUGCAAAGUGAUUUGAGAUGCUUGGGUGAGAAAUGCUUUUAUAGUGCUAAAUACUAUUCAUUAAUGCAGUUACUCCAGAUUUAUACUGGUUUAACUGAGACUGGCCUAAGAGUCUCAUAUAAGGUCAGAAUGUAAGUUCUGAUACACUAGAGGGUCCACAUUAUUCUGAAGCAUAUUACUCAAACACAAUGGGGCACCUUCUCCCCCACAUCUUCCUACCUCAAGUUAUACGCUGUACACUUCUCUACUAGUGAUUAGAGAACAACCAAACUAAAGAUUCAUUGAGUUCUGGUUGGGAUCCAGAUCUCAUUUUAUGCAAACCUCUAAAGUUCCAAUGGAGGAGAAUUUAACACGGAGUUUUAAUUCUGGCCCAUCACUGCUGUUGAUCAAAAUUGCACAGACCAAUAAAUCAUACAAAUCCAGGAAUUCUGUAAUGUAAAAUAGUUAUUUGUAAAGAUCAGAAGAAAAACUAAAUAAGAGAGAAGAGAAACUAAAGGUUUAAUAAAUCCAAAGUAGACUAUCUUGUUCAUAUAUGAAGCAGGUUAUUAGUAAGCAACAGCCUAUAGUAAACCGGGCAAUUUAGAUUACGCUGUUUAUUGUAACUUAAUUUUCAACACUUUGUGAACAUCCUCUUCUUAGUUACCCUUAGUUUAUUUUUCUUGAUUUUAUUUGUUUGUGUGUGUGUGUGAGAAUGGAUGGGAAAGGGAACAUAGUGGUGAGAACCAGACAAUACCCUAGAAGUUCUGUCUCAAGAGUAAUAUGAUAUUAUGACUGUGCUACAUUAGGCACAAUGAAAUGAUCUGAAGUGAACAAAAAUGGGUUAAUUUUUCUAAUCAUGAAGCACUGUUGGUUAUUUAUAUGUUAUUGUAAAUGUCCAAACAGAAUAAAUGUGGUCACUAAUUCUA